AUGGAGCGAAAUGAACGACCGCACAUGAUUGUGGGUAUAGAUUUGGGGAUGACAUGUACCGGCGUGGCAUAUGUGAAUCUUUCCAUCGGCAGCGAGACUGUUCGUUGGGUGCAGAAGUGGCCUGGUCGAUUCCAGGCAAAUGAGAACAAAGUUCCGACAGUAGUGGUCUACCCAACUGGCUUCAAAGAUCCUUCAUCAUGGGGCUUCCUUUCCGAGACCGCCGCGGAGACCGCUGCAGACGACAAGGAAUACAAGGAGUGGUUCAAAACCUGCCUCGAUCCGGAGAAGCUGCGACGCAAGCAAUUGGAAGAUCCAGAAGGCGCGCCUGAAAGCUUGCAGGAGGUCGAGAAAUGGUACAGCGACUACUUGCGGAAGAUGUACGAGUAUCUGUCGUUCAAACUAGGUGGAGAGCUUUCUGGGAUUGGCUGGGAAGAGGCCAGAAUCGAGUUUAUCUUCAGCGUGCCCACCACCUGGACUCCAGUGCCGACUGUCGAGAAUUUCAAACGGCUUGUGAAAGAGGCGGGCUAUGGUACACAUCCAAACCAUGAGAUGACCAUAGGCUUGACGGAAGCUGAGGCUGCCGCUGUACAUGUUUCUACUGAAGCACCAGGCAUCUUUCGCGAGAAUGACGUCCUACUGGUUUGUGACGCUGGUGGUGGGACCACAGAUCUCAGCGUACUGAAGGUCACUGGCACAGUCAACCAGACUAUUGAUCUCCAGCAGAUGGACGUAGUCUUCGGAGAGACCAUCGGCUCUGCUGCUAUCGAUUACGAGUUCGAGAGACUGGUGAUGCAUCGCUUGACACUCGCACACAGUACCAAUCCUCUGCCUGUGGACCCUGCAGAUGCUGGAUGGGAGAUGAUGAAGAGUCGAGACUUCCAAGCCGUCAAGUGUGAGUACGGCGCGCCGGACGAUACGCCACUGUUUAGCAUAGGUAUCCCGCGCGUCCCUCACACGUACAACAACUCUGAUCCGGAAGUGCGUAUCCGCAACGGUGAAAUGACCUUCGAACGACGAGAUCUCCAGCGAUUGUUUGAUAAGCAGAUCGCGAAGUUGUUCAAGCUGAUCGACACACAGCUACAAUCGUUGUUUCAGAAGUUCCCAAGAGAGCAUGUAUCGCAUCUUGUUCUCAGUGGUGGGCUGGGCAAUAGUGCAUAUGUGCAGUCGCAGCUCCGAAAGUACUAUGCGCGCACCUCUUUCCCGAACGCCGAAUCAAUUUCCGUAAGCAUAGCACCCGAUCCUCAACUUGCUGUGUGUAAAGGUCUCGUCAGCGAUCGUGUGCGAAAGAUCCUGACAUCGCGAUCGGUCCUGGGAUGGCGUUGCUGUCGCGCAUCGUACGGCACCGUAUGCAAGAUCGCGUACGACAAGAAGAAUCCUGAGCAUCAGGGAAAAGCACUCGUUCGGGAUCCAUUGAACAAUAAGUUGUACAUCACGCAGUCGAUAGCGUGGUUCAUCAAGAAAGGCGCGCCGGUAAGCGUGGACAAACCGAUCGAACACAAUUUCAUCAAGAAAAUCGACCCAGGCGACCCAAGAAGAGCGUUUCCAACAACUGUCAUUGAGAGUGAUCUGGAAGCGGCAAUGUUACCAGAUCAAAUGAACCAAUACACGCGCAUUCUUUGUGAGAUCAAUUCAGACCUCUCUGCUGCAGACGAGAGGAAGUUUCAAGAAAGAAACAAGCACUUCUGGUCGUUACAGAAGCAUUACUUGCGCAUCGAGUAUUCGGUGCGCGUCUUGAUCGGACCCGCAGACAUCCGUUUUGAGCUGUGGUUCGACGACCAGAAGCUUAGUCGCGAUGAGUCGAUCAGAGUGGAAUGGAUGCCUGCGCAAAUUCCACAGACGCCUCAAAUAGCCGAGAUGUCCGGGGCAGAAAGAGAGGCUGUUGAAAUGCCCAUUCUGCCACCAACGCCAAUAGGCGCUGCGCCCCCAAGUGGCACAUUCAUUACCGAUCCGAACGCGAAGGUUAUGAGGACAAGUAGUUUCGCAGUAGUAAACAAGAGGACUACUGUAGACAUGGGCAGGAAGCCACGAGGGAUGGGUGGGCUGUUCGGGAAGAGUUCUUUCUUUGGGCGCGCUGCGUAG